AUUUCAAAUGGUCAGAAAACGUGCACUGCUAGAACUGGACUGAACACUGGUUUUGACUGCACUCUCACUUGCAACAAUGGUUACACCUUCCCUAUUACCACUAACAAUGCAAGAAUCAACUCGAUCACAACUAGCUGUAAUACUGGCUCACCAUUUACUGGAACUCCUGUCAUGAACUGCGUCAGUGCAACACAAAACACUGUUAGUCCAGUGUUUACUGGAUAUAUGGAGUAUGAUUAUCAAACAUCGGAUGGCACAACCAACAUCCCGUCAACUUGUGACCAGUUGUAUGUGGAUACCUUCAAAGCAAGAAGUAGCGAUUUUUCAUCACAGAGUAGCCAGUUUACAGUUGUGUGCAAGGCAACCCAUGAGAUUCCAGAUGACACACUGUUCACUUUCCAGUUCUUGCCAAAUGAGACAACAGGGAGGUUGAUCACAGGGGGUGGAACCAAUACCAAUAAAGUGAGAAUGAGAUAUUACUACACCAUGCUUUCAACAAACGCAACAUACUUCAGGCAGUGUGAGGACAGCAUUCGGAAUCUCAUAAUUUCUGGUAAUUACAAACUGGAAGGGUUCACCACACGUGAAACAACUUUAAAUACAGGAGUGAUCUGCCCACCAGUGGCAUACUUAGUCAAUUCUGCGACUCUCACACCUGGGAUAUACACAUGCAGUCAAAAUUACUUCCGAACAGAGUCUGCCUGUGUGCCAUGCCCAUCAGGGAGUGUGCGUCCAGUUGCUAAUUCCGACACAAAGUGUGAACAAUGCCAAGUAGGCUAUUACAGAGAUAUCAACAUGGGCAUCUGUACUGCUUGUCCUACUGGAAUGACUACCCGAUACCUCGGAACCACAUCAAGCAGUCAAUGCAUUGCUGCCUGCGCCCAGGGCUCUGUAUCAACGACUGGUUACCAGCCCUGCUACCCGUGUGCCAAGGGGUCAUACAGCAUCAGUACAACAACCUGCACUCCCUGUCCUACUGGGAAUUCCACUACAUCGGUUGGAGCAUCGUCUAUUGCAGACUGUAGUGUCAGUUCCUACACUGCUUUGGAGAGAUGUCCUCUGGGUACUCAACAAAAUUACACAGUUGGUGACUGUAUCAAGUGUGACUACGGUACAUAUGGAGUUCUUGGCAUUGUCAACGGUGUUCAGGAGUAUGUGUGCACUUCCUGUGGGUCUAAUCGUGGCACCUUCAUACGAGGGGCCGUUCGAAUUGAGCAGUGCUAUGAUGUGUGUCAGGCUGGGUAUGUGUCGAGGUUUGCCCAUGGGUUGGCCCCGUGUGACGCCUGUGCAGUGGGAACCUAUUACAAUACUGCCACUCGGAGAUGUGACUCUUGUCCUGCUGGCACUUCCACCCUGGCAUCUGCCAGUAUAGGGGCAUCAGCCUGCAUACAGACCACCCAAAUCCGAGAUAACUGUCCACUGGGGAGCUUCCGUAACCAGACAAUUGGGUCAUGUGAGGCCUGCCCAUUGGGUACCUACAGCACUGGAGAGGAACAGAAUGCCUGCACACAAUGUCCGAAUGAUGCAUCAACCUAUAUGCCGGGCGCAACCUCCAGUGCAAUGUGCACACUUAAAUGUGCCCCAGGAUUUUUCUCCUCCAAUGGUCUAUCGCCAUGCACUCCAUGUGGAUUAGGUCAAUUCUCCACAGCUUAUGGAAGCACCUCAUGUUCAAGCUGCUCAGCGGACCAGACCACUCUGUCCAUCACUGCUAUCUCAUGUGUCAGAAAGUGUGCGGCUGGAAGGUUUUCGUUCUCUGGCAAUGAAGGUGUGACUGGUUCAAGUUGUAGAGCUUGUCCCCAGAACUACUACCAGUCGAGCAUAGGCCAGACUAGCUGCAGUCAAUGUCCUCCUGAUACAAGUUCUCAGCUUAAUGGUCUCACUAAUGUCAGUCAGUGUCAAGCAAUUGAUUGUACAAACCGAUGUGUCCCUUGGGGAACUUGUAUAAAGCAAGACAACAACUUCUUAUGUCAGUGCAUGAGAGGUUAUGAGGGGGAUACCUGCCAGACUUUGACCGAUGUGUGCGCCAGCAGUCCGUGUUACAAUGGCGGAACAUGUGCAAGGAACGUUGAUUCCACCCUUGGUUAUAUUUGCACAUGCAACGCCAGAGCCACUGGUUCCCGUUGUGAAACGCUAAUAAAGACUUGCAACACCAGUGCUGCCGCACCAACGUGUCUGAACGGUGGAUAUUGCAUCAACCGCUGGCAGGAACCAGGCUAUGAGUGCAUGUGUCCCAGCGGCUUUAGUGGAGCUAGGUGCAAUCAAACUGCAAACAUCUGUGUCACCAAUCCAUGUAGUUCAGCUGGAACUAGAACAUGUAUGGACUCAAGCAAUGGACAGAAUCUUCGCAGAAGGUGCAUGUGCUGGCCGGGAUAUGGUGGAGAAUCGUGUGCCGCGGACAUAAAUGAGUGUCUUUCCAACCCAUGCAUCAAUGGUGGAACAUGUGUUGAUCAAGUUAACGGUUUCCAAUGUGUUUGUAAGUCAUCAUACACUGGUGUAUUUUGUGAGGGGUACAUCAACCCUUGCCAGUCAACCACAUGCAGUGGCCAGGGCUCUUGUGUGGAUAUAUAUCGUUACGGCAAACAUUUCUGCUCCUGCAAUGCAGGGUACACAGGUGGAAACUAUGUUGAAUACAGUCUUGAACGUGACAAGGCACCUGUAGAUAUCAACAGUUAUUCCACAAGGUGGGUCACAGUUGCUGAUGUUCAUGCAUGUCGAAGCCAGUGCACAAGUAGAGGCUCAAACUGUGAUAGGUUUACAUAUCGAGCUUCUGGCACUCGGUGCUACUUUUGGUUUCCUAGUGACUUGCCUACCUUUGGAACACAAGUGGGCUACGACACCUUUACCAAGCACGAGUCACAGCAAACAGAUGACUUUUGGACUAUGAGAUAUAAUGUAUUAGCCCCAUCUACAUUUCCUGUAGCUGAAAGUGAACGCUUAAAUGAUCUUACAAAUCUUGGAUUGCACAUAUGCCAUGGGUUUGCGCCCAUCGAUGUGCGAUGCUGCCCUGUUGGUCAGGACUGCACUGGCAAGGCUCUGGACCCUACCAAGUGUGCUGACGUGGACCGUUCCAACCUAGUGGAUGGAGGAAACCCUGGUGUGAGGACUGCCAACGAUCCCACAAACUAUGAUGUGCAGUUCAAAUGCUCCUUAAAUAGAGUGUUUUUGUCUAAUACAUGCACCCAGAAGAAUGACUACUGUAAGCCCGAUCCCUGUGUUAGAGGACAGUGCCAACUCACAUUUGCUGGGUACAGUUGCUCAUGUCCGAGUGGGUAUACAGGGAAGAACUGUCAGACAGACAUCAAUGAGUGUGCCACCAACCCUUGUUCUAAUGGCGGAACAUGCACAGACAAGGUCAACGGUUACCUGUGUGCCUGCAAACCUGAAUAUACAGGAGCAACAUGUGCAAGUCAAGUGAACUAUUGUGUCGGUGUUUCAUGCAGUGGUAAUGGAACAUGUAUGAAUAGGGAUCAAGGCCCAGGUUACAUGUGUAACUGCUUUCAAGGGUACACAGGCACCAAUUGUGAGAGUCAGAUUAACUUCUGUGCCAGUCAACCUUGCCUGCAUGGUUCUAGCUGCAUACCGGCGUUGAAUACGUACAGAUGUGAGUGCUUGCCCGGAUGGACGGGAAGGAAUUGUGACACCAUGAUUAACUACUGCACAGGAAGUCUGUGCCAAGGGGCAUGUCACCCGGUGUUCACAACCUACUACUGCGCCUGUGGGGCCAACACGUAUGGAGCAAACUGCCAGAACCGCCCUACCCCCUGUCAGACCUUCAACAAGUGUCAGAAUUUGGGCACAUGUAGCUACAACACCUCUAGUGCCAUUAUGGCAUGUACAUGUCCUGCAAAAUACAAUGGAGAUGGCUGCGAAUGGUUGAGGGACCUAUGCAACACAGACAAUCCAUGCAAAAACAACGCUGAUUGUAGCAUCAUACAGGAUAAUUAUAAAUGUACCUGUAAACCAGGAUACACGGGCACUAACUGUGAGACGGAGAUCAAUGAGUGCUCAGGACGUACGUGCCCAGGUGGUGGCCAAUGUUUUGAUGCUGUCAAUGCCUACUACUGUCGGUGUCCACUCAAGAAGACGGGCAACAACUGUGGUCGAGAAUUUGAUCGAAACUAUGACUUCUACUUCAACCACCCAACUGGUAUGGGCUUUGCUUGGAUUCCAUACUUCAUUUUUGUACCUAAUGUUGAUGCCAUGUCUGUCACCGGAUGGGUUCGAUAUGCAGCUGCAAACGGAAAGGGGGUCUAUUUCAACAUGUUUAUUGGUGACCGGCUUGAGACAGCCAAGAAAUUCUUGGAAUUCAAUGAACUUGGCGUGAAAAUUCACCUUCCAAAUGGAAUCAUCAUUCAACACGAGCUGUCUCGUACCGUGCAAGUUAAUGAUGGCAACUGGCACUAUAUCACAUUGAACUUCAACAUGGUCUCCAAGGCUAUGAGGCUGUACCUGGACACUGUUUACCAUCAGCCUGAGCAGACGGUAGACAUUUCCAGUCUCAAGGUCAACAACAACGGUUUCAGAAUGUGGGUUGUGUUAGGCUGUGAGUUUGACAAUAAAGAUCACAUCUGCAUCGGUGGAGCUGACAGUUUCCGUGGAUACGUGAGCCAGAUCAACAUUUACAAACGGGAACUCACAUUUGCAAGUUCGAGUGGCGUCGCCGGAGAAAUUUCGUACAACUUUGCGGUCCCUCGUAACAUUUUUGAAGAUAAUGCCCAGCUAACCAAUGUUAUUUUGGUCUGGAACGAGUAUAAAUUUGAUAGCGGUGUCAGCAGGAUAAUUCCCUCAGAAGCAAAGGGAGAUAGGUGCUCCGUCCCUAACAGGUCGCCUCCUUGCGGAUACUUCUCAGCAAUGUCACGCCCAAGUGCUCAAAACUGUCCGAAAGAUUUCACAGUCUAUGCUGAGGAUCGAAUCAAGACUGUUACGUGGGUCGAUCCCACCUUUGACAACCUUGGAGUGGCAGGAAAGGUGCACCAGGGCAAUGACAACUUAAAAGGCAAAGCAUAUACCUGGGGAAAAUAUGAAGUUAUCUACGUUGGCAGCGACGGCUCAGGAAACUCAGCUUACUGCCACUUCAGCUUUUAUGUGCAGCCCUUCCGGUGCAAUUCACCCCCGGACCCAUUUGGUGGCUUCCAGUUCUCCUCCAAUGCUACAGACCCUUUGACUGGUGUGGUUCGCCAUGGUCGCACUAUUGGAUGCUAUAACACUAACACACCUACGGUUGUGAAUUAUAAGACUGACAGAGAGCAUCCAAAGACAUUUACUUGUGACCCGUAUGGAACUUGGAAUAAUGUGAAGCCUUUUAGGAAGUUCAGAUAUCCAUCAUGCGGAGCGGUGAAGCCUAAACCACAGGGCAAAAUUACGUUGCAUCUUGAGUACAAUCUGACAACAGGUGCUUGUGAAUCGGUCAAAGUCAACCUCAUCCAGUUGUUGAAACAAGAAGUUAGUAAGCUGGAUCUUAUUUACCAAGGUGAUCUUUGCAAGAUGAGUGAUUGCUCGGACAUUGAUGUAACAAUCACAUGCAGUGGUUUCUCGGCAGGGAGAAGGAAGCGCCAAGUUGUGUAUGCCAGGGUACUGGCUGUCAUUAAAUUGGGCAACAUUCCAACUCAAACUAGUCUGGAUGGUGAGACGUUAUCAGUCCAAGAUUUCUUCACAUACUUUGCACUUGGUGCAAAAGUAUUCGAUUUUUCGUCAACAAUUGCCAACGCGGACAUUCUUCCCCAGAGGUUUGUGAUUGACUCGACCCUAAUCUGUCCUGAGUAUGAAGUUCUACUGGACGGCAAGUGCGUGGAGUGUGGCCUUGGAAACGUUUACCGGUACAACAAUGAAACUGGUGUUGCCAUCUGUGAAGAUUGCCCCCUGGGCCAAUACCAGGAUAAUUUUAAACAGAAGGCUUGUAAAGAAUGUCCUGCUGGUACAACAACAGAAAUGACUGGGGAAUACCAGGCCUCCAUGUGCAAAGCCAUCUGCCAAGUUGGUCAUUAUUUUAAUAAUGAUCUGGACAAAUGUAUGCCGUGUAAGAUUGGUUACUACCAGGACCUCAUGGGUCAGUUCUACUGCAAGUGGUGCGGACCAAGCUUCACAACGGAGAAUGAAGGAUCCACGUCAGACAGCCAGUGCUCUAGUCAGUGUGAAAGCGGUUACCAACUCUCUGGUCCCAACAACUGCACGCCAUGUCUGAUUGGUCAAUACAGAAACGCGACUGAGUCACGAGUCUGCAUGAACUGUCCUACAGGAAAAAUAACAGCUGCUAUUGCCUCAAGAUCUGCGGACGCCUGCAGUAUCACUGCUUGUACAUCUGGUAACUACAGAAGAAGUAGUGAUAAUACAUGUCAGCCAUGUCCUCUAAACUACUACCAGAAUGAGACUUGGCAAGACCAGUGUAAGCCAUGUGGCAAUGGCAAUUUCUCCAUGUGGAGAACUACCAGUACUGGGUCCAGCAAGGAACAGGACUGCCUGUUCUACUGCCCGUCUGGGUAUGAAGUGAGCUCCACUCAGGCCCAGACCUGUGUGCCGUGUGCCAGGGACCAGUACAAGGACAACAGUGUGGACAUUCAAGGCUUGUGCACACCAUGUCCCAACAACCUGAGGGCCACCAGUAUAGCUGCCACUUUCACAGACAAACUGCACCAUCUGUUAACGGGCUGUGUACUGUGUGCUCUGGGAUCCUACCAGGAUGUUGCAGAGAGCGAGACGUGUAAGAUGUGUCCAGCCUCACGGAGCACCCGCACCGUGGGGGCUACAGCACAGAGUGCUUGUGAAAAUUACUGCGACAGUGGGUACGAGAAGGUAGGGUCAGCAUGUCUCCUGUGUGCUGUAGGCUCCUACAAAGACAACACUGAAGGGCUGUUCUCUAACUGCACAGCCUGUGAUCCCCUCUACACCACGCCUAGCACGGCCUCAACCAGCCGUACUGCCUGCAGCAUCCGAACAUGCCCAGCUGGAACCUACCGCAAUGUUGGUGACACGGGAUGUACAGACUGUGACCUCGGCUACUACCAGCCCCAGCAGUUCCAGACCAGCUGCCUCAAGUGUCCUGAUGACACCAGCACCAUGCAGACCAAAUCCACUCUUGCCACUGACUGUAAAGCAUACUGCCCCAAUGGCAAGGAGAUGGUGAACAGUGUGUGCCAGGACUGUUCCCGUGGUUACUUUCGCAGCCAAUCAGAUGGCCUGUUUGCCAUGUGUCAGAUGUGCCCCCUGGACAAAAUUACUCCCUCAACAGGGGCCACUACUAUCUCCCAGUGCAUCAUUGCUAACUGUAGUGCUGGAUAUCGGCUGAAAACAGACAACACGUGUGAGAUCUGUCCUAAAGGCUCGUACUCGGAGAGCAAGUGGCUCACGACCUGUACCCCAUGUGGCAUACACAAGACAACAGAGAGAGAGGGAGCCACAAAUCAGUCCCUCUGCAUAGUUGAGUGUGAGCAAGGGUUUGAGGACGCGUCUGGGGCGUGUGUGCCGUGCCAGCAAGGCUUUUACAAGGACAUCAAGGCGGCGGCGCAGUGCAAGCCGUGCCCAGUUGGCUACAUCACUUCAGGAUCUGGCGCCACCAAUCUUACUAUGUGCAACAUACCUGCCUGCAGCCCAGGGACCUUCCUUAAUGAGACUGCAUCCCCGGCAGCCUGUCAGGUGUGUGGAUAUGAUACGUACCAGGACACCAAGUGGCAGAAAUCCUGCAAGUCCUGCAGUGCCAACCUGGUCACACUUCAGACUGGCUCCACAAGCCUGGCACAGUGUGUUGCUGACUGUGCCUCAGGCCAGGAAUACAGUGCUACUAACAGGGUGUGUCGGUUCUGUCCCAUUGGCUUUUACCGUGACCGCAAUGACCGUCUCCAGCCCAGCUGUCAGAUGUGUGACAUCCGGUACAUCACAGCAGGGGAGGGCGCCAAGUCUGUUGUAGAAUGUAAUAUAGCCAAUUGUACUGUCCCUGGUCAGUACCGUAAUACUCUGACUGUGUGCACCCCUUGCCCUGUCGGUGAGUACAGCAGUGAGAAGUGGAGGACCUCGUGUGAACGAUGCCCUGAUGGCUACUCAACCAGAGGCAUUGGGAAGACAACCCUAGCUGAUUGUAUCCGUUCCUGUCCCUUGGGUGAGUAUGUCACCCUUGCCAACACCUGUGAGAUGUGCGCCAAGGGCACAUACAGGAGUGAUCCCUCCACAGAGAGUUGCAUCCCCUGCCCAGAUAAUCUCACCACACCCACAGUGGGUUCAAGAACCAGAGACGCUUGCUCCAUUAGCCCAUGCAUAGCUGGUCAGAGGUACAGCCAGAACAGGACAUGUGAGGCCUGCCCCAUUGCCACCUACCAGCCAAUGGCAGGCAUGUUCAACUGCUUGAACUGUCCUGCUAAUAGAAACCUCACUCUUGCAUUGGGAGCAAAGGCUGUUGAAGAAUGCAAAACUGCUUGCCAGGCAGGAGAGAUGUGGAUGUGGGGCACAGCUUUAUGUGAGAAGUGUCCACACGGCUUCUAUCAGCCCAGCGCUGAACAGUUCACCUGCAUGCAGUGUCCUGCUGCUAGAGGUUCCACCGUAAGCCCUAGCCGACCAGACGGACGCGGAGCUAUCAGUGAAGCUGAGUGCAAGGAUCCGGCAGCACUUUGUGCAACGAAACCGUGUUCUAGCAAUGAGACUUGUGCUGUUAACAUGAACACUACAAUCCCAUCAGCAUUCUGUCAGUGCAACGCCAACUACCAGAGAGUUGGCUUGUACUGUCUACUGAUGAGUGAUGUGCGUUGCCAGGGUUACUGCAAGAACAACGGGGUUUGUGAAUACACCGACGCCCCACGGUGUACCUGCACAGAAGCAUAUGAAGGAGCCCAGUGUGAUGUCAGAAAAGCUGCAGAGAAGCUUGCCGACAGUGCCGCAGACAUUGCUAUUCCUGUCGGCAUUGCUGCUGGAGGGCUGCUGCUUCUACUCAUCCUGCUGGCAGUGUUCUGUUUGUGCUGGCACUUGUCUAAACGAAGAAACCAGCCCAGGAAGCCUUACACAGAAUUGAAUGGUGAGAGACUGGACAAGGCCAGCCUGCAUUCCUAUCCAGCCUAUGGACAGACCCCGCUGUAUGCUGGAUCACAACGUGGCACCCUCAUGUUGGCAUCGUAUCCAGAGGCCAUGUAUGACAACAGAGCCUACAGGAUGGAAGAUAUUGACCACCACAGCAACUUAGGCUCCUCUGCUGUGUAUCAGGCAUAGAAAACAAGCAGUUGCAGCAUUGUGUGCGUGUUUGAUGUUUGAGACCUUGAAAAUAAAAUUGCAUUCCCUUGACAAUAAUCAAUACAAUCUGGGGUUGCCUUCCUGUUACAAAGAUCUCUUAGCUACCUAUUACGUUAUAGAUCAGACUUCAGGAACACAGCAGCUGCUAAGUGCAAGGAUGAUAGGAUGGGAUGGAAGAUACAUUUUACAAUGUAACAAUGUUUAUACAAGUUUGCCAUACUAUGUCAAUUUAUUAUGUACUCAUGUAUUUAAUACUCACAAAAGAUAUUCACAAUUCUUAUAAUACUCUCAUUAAGUAAAAAUUAUCACAUAAAUGUCAAGAAAGCGAAACAAAGCAAGUAUGAUGUUGAAUUAUUUUAUAUGAACCAAGUUGCAAUUUAACAAAAAAAUACUUAAAUGCUCUAAAUAAAUAUAUUUCUGCAAUAGUUGAUUUGAAAAUCUGGUUUUGAAGUUUUAUUGUACAAUCAUAGUGAUAUCUUCAUAUUAUGCUAUAUUUUAAUCCAUAAACUAAGUGUAUUAACAUGUAAUCAUUUUAUACUUACCUUCUGAUUCUAUUAAAUGUUGUUGUCAAAUGGAUUGAUCUAAUAUUAUUAUAAUACUAUGUACAUAUACCUAUGCUAACAUUUAGAACUGGAAUAGGUAAUUAUGUCUAAAUCUGUCAUGUCACUCGUGAAUUUUAACUCCCUGGUUGCCUGGUUUUAACUUACAAAAGUAUUUGAAGAAUGGCAUGCUUUCUGAGUAAAAUGCUUGCAAGUUAUUUAUAUGCAAUACAUAUAUUAUAUACAUACAUGUGUAUACACCUCAUUUGUGAAAUCCAAACUUAUUUAAAUGUCACUGUUGACUUUAGGAUCACGCUGGUAUUGCAGUACUAUAUGAAGACCCCUUAAUGUUGCCGUGUUUGGCAAUAAUCAUUCGACUGCCAACCUAUUUCAAACUUGCAAAGGUUAUAAUCACCUCUGUGUUAGGAAUGUCUGACAGUGGUAAAUUUGUUUUGUAAUAACUGCAAAGUGAGAAGGGACUGUGAUUUAAACGCAUGUCAAUUAGAUGGAUGUAUUUAAAUUGAAACACUCUUAGUCUUACUUGUAUUAACUUUGAUUAUCUUAAAUUUUGCAAUUCACAUUAGAACAAACAGUUGUACUGACAACUUAGAAGUUGUAUUGCAUUUAUACUUUUGAUUUAAUUGUGAUUUAAUUGUGUUCUAUAUAUGACGAGACAUGUUUAUGUUUACUAUCUUUAAUGACUUUGUUAAAUAUUCGAGUGAAUGUUUUGAACUUCUUUAUAUGGAACCCUUGAUAACUUGAGACCUUCCAUGACUCCAAAGUGUGACCUUGGGCCAAAGAAGUGUUACUGUAUAUGUAGCUUCUUAAACGUUAUGUUUAUGUGUAUGUGAAAUUUAAAUAUUGAUUGAAUUUAAGAAUAUAUGAAUUAUAUUAAUAAUUGUGUACAGGCUUGAAAUAUUAUUAAUAAACAAAUUAUUUUAUCUAUAA